AUGCCCAGACAAACCCCCAUCCUAAUCAGCGGCUCCGGCUCAGCGGGCCUCUGCGCCGCGACGUGGCUCGCGCGCGCAGGCAUACCCUGCACCAUCCUUGAAAAAAGACCCGGGCCGAUGACAAUGGGCCAAGCGGACGGGGUGCAGUGCCGGACGGUCGAGAUCUUCGAGAGUUUCGGGCUGGGCGAGGACCUGCUCCGUGAGGCGUAUCAUGUGCUGGAGGUGGUGUUUUGGGCUGAGGAUGAUUCAUAUACACAUACAAUAAAACGCACUGGUCGAACGGCAGAUACGCAGCCCGGGCUAUCGCAUCAGCCGCAUGUCAUUCUGAACCAGGCGCGGAUUAACGGGCUGCUGUUGGAGGCGAUGGAGCGGUUUAAUGGGCAGGGGGUGGAGUAUGGGUGGGAGGUCCUGGACGUGGAGGUUACAGGGGAAGGAGAGUUUCCGGUGAAGGUGACGGCGCAGAGAGACGGCGAGAGGGAGGUGUUUGAGGCGAAGUAUGUUCUUGCCUGCGACGGCGCACACAGCACCGUCCGCAAAGCCCUCGGAUACAAAAUGCUCGGCGACAGCAGCGACGCCGUCUGGGGUGUGAUGGACAUGGUGCCGCGCACGAACUACCCGGACAUCCGGAAGAAAAGCAGCAUUCGCACGCGGGCGGGAAACCUGCUAAUAAUCCCGCGCGAAGGCGACAGUGACAACCUGACGCGGUUCUACAUCGAGCUUCCGGCCGGGACGCGGGCUAAGGACGUCAAGCUUGAAGACCUGCAGACCGCGGCGCGCAACAUUCUCGGCCAGUAUAGCAUCGAGUUCACGGAGACGGUGUGGUGGUCUGCGUAUGCGAUCGGCCAGCGCCAUGCGGACCAGUUCCAUAGAGACCAUCGUGUCUUUCUGGCUGGUGAUGCGUGCCAUACGCAUUCGCCGAAGGCCGGACAGGGGAUGAAUGUCAGUUUGCAAGACGGGUAUAAUAUCGGGUGGAAGUUGGGUGCUGUGCUGAAGGGGUUGGCGCCGGCGCCGCUGCUGGAGACGUAUGUGAUGGAGAGGCAGAGGGUGGCGAUCGAUUUGAUCAAUUUUGAUCGGUAUUUCUCGAAGCUGUUUUCGUCCGGGGGAGAUGUCUCGCCGAAGGAGUUCCAGGAGGGGUUUGUGAAGUCGGGGAAGUAUACGGCUGGGUUGACGGCGAAGUAUGAGAGGUCGAUGAUCACGUCGGAUAUGGAUGAGUCGGGUGCGCUGGCGACGAAUGUCGAGGUGGGAAUGAGGCUUCCCAGUGCGCAGGUGGUGCGGUUCUGUGACUCGAAGCCUGUGCAGUUGAUGACGGCGCUGAAGUCGGAUGGACGGUGGCGGAUGAUGGCGUUUGUGGGGGAUUUGGGCUUGUCUGAGAACAGAACUCGAUUGGAUAAGCUCGGAAAAUAUCUCGACUCAAGCGACAGCCCUGUCCAUCGCUUCCGCCCUGCGAACUCGGACAUAGACAGCCUGAUAGAACCUAUAUUCGUGGGCCAUGGCAAACGACAUGAAAUUGAACUGGAGCAGAUCCCCGAGUGUUUCUAUCCCAUCACUGGAAAGAACCAAAUCAGAGACCUGCACAAGAUAUACUUCGACGACGAAAGCUACAACAAAGGCCACGGACAGGCCUACGAAUUCCUCGGCAUCAGUCCUCAGAAGGGGGCCAUUAUCAUUGUGCGGCCAGAUCAGUAUGUGUCUGCUGUUGUCGGCCUGGAUGAGUAUGAGAAGAUCGGGGAAUUCUUCGAGGGAUUCUUGAUCCCAAAGGAGAAGCAGGAUGCAGUACCUGAAAGCAAAUUGUGA